AGAUAUAUAGGUGCAAAUAUCAAACUACUGUUUGCACAACCGAAAUCUCGGCAAUCUCUGCAGUAAGCACAGUUCACGUUAGUUCACGAAUCAGUACCAGUCCAUACGUAGUGUUCAGCAGUACCCUUAGUUUCCAGGCUCCGAUUGCUACAGUCACAAUGCGCUACGCCGUGAUCAUUCUGUUGGUAGCAGCAUCUGCCCACAGCGACUUUGUUCACGAUAGAAAGUUUCUGCACCAAUGCGACAACAAAGAGAUAAUCCACUUACCUUCCGACUACAUGAAUUAUGAUGACAUAUUUGCACCGAAUGAUGAUGGAGAAGGAAUAAUGCCGCGCGCUUGGUCCCAGCGACCCAGGCGUUGCAGAGCCGAAGAUGAGCUGAAUAUAGCCGGCGUCUGGUACAAUGAACACGGCUCCGAGCUUAUCCUAUGCCACGAUAACCAUGGCCUGCUCACGGGAGAGUACCGAACCGCCGUGGAGUCGAGCCCUGGUGCUGCUGGUUUCGAGAGGCCUGUAGUGGGCUGGACUGUUCCGCGAUGCACGCGAUUCGACGCAUCAGAAAAGUGGGAGGUGCCGCUUGCUUUCAACGUAGUGUGGGAAAGUUACGCGGUGAUGUCGUGGGUUGGCCAUUACCAAAUCGCCAAAAAGGCAACAACGAGGUGCAAUCGCGUGAGGGGCUGCUCAGUCUUGUCCCUAUACGACGAGACCUUGUUUACAUCAUGGACGAUGGCUAGUAACGCUACCCACAGCGAUCGCUGGGCAGCCAACAGAAUGGGUCACAAUAUUUUCAAGAGACCAAACGCAUCAGUGCAACCGAGAAGGGCACGUUGCAAGGAUACCCCGUCGAGCACAGGCGAUAUCUAUUGCCCGGAGCACAUCCAUUACGAGAACUGAUUUUCCGGGCGACACCUAAAUAAGCAGGAUGUACUGUCAGAUUCAUAGAUAAUUUCAGGCAAUAAAAUUCAUGCCUUAGAAUAAACCUAUAUACUUCUUACACCGAGAACUGCACGUAUCCCAUCGAUAAUAAUGUGAUUUGGAUAAGAAUUCUCAAGUCUAUAGGCUCUAAGUAUAGCUAGACCUUACAAAUGAACCAGAAAUUAUUAUAUAUCAAGAAAUCAGUAGUGAUGGCUAUAUAUUAUACAGAUCGCGAACGAAAAAUCAUCACAAAACACAAUUACGUUGAAUAUACGUUGAUUACGCGUGAUACAUUAUGGUGGUGUCAGUAGUUCAUAAUAAAUAUAGUCUAUUGCCUAUUAUUAGCGACAUUUUUAUUAUUAUCAUGAUGAAAUAAUAAGCAAAUCAAUUCAUUUCUUCAUAAUAUAGUGGAUAUUAAAUAUCUAAUUUCAUAUUAACGAAGUUAACAGGAAUUGUAAAAUUAA